CUGGCUGAAGAUGUAGAAUAUGACAGUGAGCGCUGCACAGAGAAUGGUGUAGAGGAGAAGAGCAGUGAAGCGGUAGAUGAGACCGGAGUAGUAGACACGUUGGUCGGGCUGAAGGGCGGGAAGAAGUCGGCGUUUGGCGAAGAUUUGCCACAGCGCUCGAGCGACCAUUACUGA